UGUACAUUAGAAGGUACAACUUCCGGAAAUAUUAUAAACUUGGGCCUGCCCAUGUGAAACAUAGCAGUGAUAGUCGUACCUGAAGGAUUACAGCACCGAAAGCAUGGCCGAGAACGACGUUGAGACUGAACUGUUGGACUACGAGGAUGACGAAGAGCCGCAGACCGCCCCGGAGACCGCGACCCCCGUGGGCAAGAAGGAGGUCAAGGGCUCCUACGUCUCCAUCCACAGCUCCGGCUUUCGCGACUUCCUGCUCAAACCAGAACUUCUCCGUGCCAUCGUCGACUGUGGCUUCGAACAUCCAUCCGAAGUCCAGCACGAAUGCAUUCCUCAGGCCAUUCUUGGGAUGGACAUCCUGUGUCAGGCCAAGUCUGGUAUGGGCAAAACGGCCGUGUUUGUGCUCGCCACCCUGCAGCAGAUCGAACCCAUUGACGGGCAGGUGGCCGUCCUGGUGAUGUGCCACACGCGUGAGCUGGCCUUCCAGAUCAGCAAGGAGUACGAGCGCUUCUCCAAGUACAUGCCCACCGUCAAGUGCGCCGUCUUCUUCGGUGGCCUGUCCAUCAAGAAGGACGAGGAGGUGCUGAAAAAGAACUGCCCGCACAUUGUGGUGGGCACGCCGGGGCGCAUCCUUGCCCUGUCGCGCAACAAGACCCUCACCCUGAAGAACUGCAAGCACUUCGUCCUGGACGAGUGCGACAAGAUGCUCGAGCAGCUGGACAUGCGCCGUGACGUGCAGGACAUCUUCCGGCUGACGCCCCACGAGAAGCAGUGCAUGAUGUUCAGCGCCACCCUCAGCAAGGAGAUCCGGCCCGUCUGCCGCAAGUUCAUGCAGGACCCCAUGGAGGUGUUUGUGGACGACGAGACCAAGCUGACUCUGCACGGCCUGCAGCAGUACUACAGCAAGCUGAAGGACAGCGAGAAGAACCGCAAGCUCUUCGACCUGCUGGACGUGCUCGAGUUCAACCAGGUGGUGAUCUUUGUGAAGUCGGUGCCUCGCUGUGUGGCUCUGUCCCAGCUGCUAGUGGAGCAGAACUUCCCUGCCAUUGCCAUCCACAGGGGCAUGGACCAGGAGGAGAGGCUGUCGCGCUAUCAACAGUUCAAAGACUUCCAGCGGCGGAUCUUGGUGGCCACUAACCUGUUUGGCCGAGGUAUGGACAUCGAGCGGGUCAACAUCGUCUUCAACUACGAUAUGCCCGAGGACUCUGACACUUACCUGCACAGGGUGGCGCGUGCAGGCCGCUUCGGCACAAAGGGUCUGGCCGUCACGUUCGUGUCGGAUGAAACUGACGCCAAAAUCCUGAACGACGUGCAAGACCGGUUUGAGGUGAACGUGGCUGAGCUGCCAGAGGAAAUCGACAUUUCCACCUACAUCGAGCAGUCCAGAUGAGCGGUCCGAACCACCUCUGUGGACCCCGCAGAUCCCUGUUGUUACCCCACCGACACCCGCCCCACCCUGCGUAACCUCACCCCAGGUUUUUUUUUAUUAUAUAAUUAUUUUAUUCCAUCCGUUUUAUUUUUACUCCUCUGAGCUUUCGCUGUUUAUUGGCGUGGUGGCAGGUGCCAUUUCGGCACGAAGGAUUUGGCGUUCGUGUCAGACGAAACGGACGCCAAACCCCUUAGAUCGUCCACGUCUCCUAACGGUUUCCAUCUCCUCCUUCUCUCACUCACCAAGUGUCUGUAAACAGAUUUAACGUUUUAUUUUACUGUACCCUUGGCAGAAAGUCAGGUGUUAUCAAUCGUGGUCGUUCAUUGGUUUUAAAAGGAAAUUAAAAGAUUUUAUACAAUG